CUGAGCUUUUAAAACGGUACAAAUUUUUCACGACUAUGUUUUUCGCCGCUGGAUUCGUCGCGAGUUUUUGUAAAAUCGUCCAGGACUCGAUGCUCAGUUUCGUGGAAAGCAAACUCACUACCAGGAUUCGCAGAGAGACUUUCAGGAAAAUUUUGCAGAAGAACAUGGAGUGGUUUGAUACCGAAGCGAGGACUAUUUGCGAGAUUGUCAGAGUUUUGAGAAAGCUUCCAGAAGCUCAGCAAGGCUGUGCCAGGAGAUUAGUGUUUUUGAUAGAAACUCUGGCCUCUGUUACCGUUAGUAUCAUCCUUUCGAUGUUCUACAACUGGAAAUUGGGUCUCGCUACCCUUUUUUUGACUCCUCUGACCCUUUUUAUGCUACAAUUCAACAAGCAAUUGGUUACCGAACGCAAUUAUCAUAUUGCGACGAGUUUCAACAAAGCUAAAAAGAUGAUAAUUGAAGCAACGAGAAAUGCCGAAGCAAUAGCCGCAUUAAAUCUAGAGAGUAAAUUUAUAGACUUGGACGACGACGCUGAUAAUUUAAUAACCAGUAACCAGAACAAUGUUAAGCUACAGGCGUUUAUUUAUGGGUGCUGCGUUGCAUUACCUCAAUUUGCAUACUCGGUCGCCGUAUUUUAUGGCGGAUAUAUGCUAAACAGAAAUGAAAUUGAUUCAACAACUGUUUUCAAAGUUGCGGAAGCUAUAAUUCUAGGAACUUUAUUAGUCGGCCAUUUGGUAUUGCCCAUGGAGUCAAUGUCCCAUGAAAUGAACCUGUCUUCUAAUUUUGUAGACAUUCUAGACGAUUCUAAGGAAGUAAAAAGCGGGGUUAGGGUACCAGAUUUGCAAGGAAGAAUAACUUUCCAGCAAGUAUCGUUUGUUCAUUCUUAUUACGCAGCAAUUCCUAAGUUGUAUGAAAUGAAUCUUUAUAUCAAACCUGGAGAACUUGUUGCUUUUGUCGGUAGAUUGCACUCUGGAGUGUCUAUACCUAUUCAACUGUUGUUGGGGUUUUAUAAAAUAACUUCUGGAGACAUUUUUUUUGAUGAUCAGCAGCUGAAUGAUGUUAAUAUUAAGGAGCUGAGACGGCAAAUAGGUCUCGUUGAAGGAGAGCCGAGGUUUUUUAAUGACUCAAUUGCUUACAAUAUUUCUUACGGUGGAAAUCGUAAAAUGUUGGCUAGCGAAAUUAUUGCUACUGCUAAAAAAGUCGCAUUGCAUGACUUUAUUUCUUCUUUGCCUAAAGGAUACUAUACAGUACUAGAUGAUUCGGAAGUAAUAUUAACGACCAGUCAAAAAAUAAAACUCUCUCUUGCUAGAGCACUUGUGAGAAAUCCACGGAUUCUUCUGUUUGACAAUUUAAAAAAAUGCGAGACUGAAGAAGCUCAGCAAGUAAUUAAAUAA